AUGGAAAGGUCGCUAGGAAAUGGCACCCGACGGUCCAGGCCGAGCAGCCCGGCUCGGCGCGGCCUGAAGGCGGAACUUCGAGACCUGGCCUGGGGCCAGCUCAACUUCCUCCACACGACGGACACGCAUGGCUGGCAUGCCGGCCAUCUCCAAGAGGCUCAGUAUUCCGCCGACUGGGGAGAUUAUGUUUCUUUCGCCCACCAUAUGCGCAAAAAGGCCGACGACAAUAACGUCGAUCUCCUCGUAAUCGAUACCGGCGAUCGAGUCGAGGGCAACGGGCUGUACGAUGCUUCCAACCCCAAGGGCCUCUUCACCUACGACAUUUUCAAGGAGCAGAAUGUCGACAUCAUCUGCAGUGGAAACCACGAGUUGUAUAGAUCGGAGACGGCGGAGCGCGAGGUCACGCACAACAUCCCCAACUUCAAGGGUCGCUACCUCGCUUCCAACCUCGACUACAUCAACCCCAAGACCGGCGAGCAGGAACCCAUGGCCCAGCGGUAUAGGAGGUUCAAGACCAAGAACCAGGGGAUAGACAUCGUCGCGUUCGGUUUCCUCUUCGACUUCACCGGAAACGACAAGAAUACCGUUGUCAUCCCCGCGAGGCAGGUGAUCAAGGAAGAGUGGUUCCAGAACGCCAUCCGCGAGGAUGCGGACGUCUUCAUCAUCAUCGGCCACGUCGGGCUCAGGAUGGAAGAGCUCAAGCUCAUCCACCGCGCGAUCCGUCAGGCUAACUGGAACAGCCCGAUCCUGGUUUUUGCCGGCCACGCGCACGUGCGCGAUGCGGUCAACUUCGACGCCAAGGCCGCGGGUAUCGCCAGCGGCCGGUAUUUCGAGACGAUUGGAUGGAUGUCGGUCGAGGGUCUCAAGACGAAAGAGAAGAACGAGGUGGAAGACCGCGCCCUCAAUGCCGGUCUCAAAUUCCACCGCCGCUAUAUCGACAACAACGUCCUCGGCAUGUACCACCACAGCGGCUUGGAUGGGGAAACCUUCCCCACCGAGCACGGGCGCAAUGUAAGCGCGGCCAUCUCGCGCGCGCGAAAGGUGCUUGACCUGGAUUACAAGUAUGGAUGCGCGCCAAAGACGCUCUGGCUCACCCGUGCCGCCCACGAUGGGGAGGAUAGCAUCUUUACCUGGCUGAACGAAACAGUCCUUCCCGAUGUUGUGACCAAGAAAGGAAGGGAGGAAAAUGCGCGGGUAGCCAUCUUCAACACUGGGGGCAUUCGCUUUGAUAUCUUCAAGGGCGCCUUUACGCGCGACAGCACCUACCUCGUCAGCCCUUUUAUCAGCACCUUGAAGUACAUCCCCGAUGUCCCCUACGAUGUCGCCCGCAAGGUCAUCACGAUUUUGAACAGUGGCGGCCACAUCUUUUCUGGCAGCGACCUGGAUCCCAGGUACAUGGCCCUACCGCAAAAGUGGGCAGGCAAAGACCUGCGCCAGGCGCCCACGAUGCCGGGACCCCGGCUGGAGCUGAGAGGCGAUUCUGAGCAGAUUAGGCUUUCGGGCGAUGGCGAGGGUAGCAGGGACAAAGAUAAGGACAAGGACAAGGUUCGCACGGAGGGUUAUACUACGGAGGACGACUUUGGAAAGGAUGGCGACGACACGGUCCACGCGCCUGUGCCCUACUUCAACGUGCCCAACUGCAUCCAGAGCGAGAUUGGCUUCCCCGAGAAAGACGACCCGGAAAAGGUGGACCUUGUCUUUAUCGAGUUCAUCACCCCCUUCAUCCUUCAGGCCCUCACGUUCGCUGGGGGAAUAUGGCCCCAAGGACGUCGAGUCGUACUCUAA